GGGCAGGUCAGGGGAAUGGGCUGCUCGGGAAGCACGAGGAGCAAGGGUCUCCGGGUUGGGCGCCGCCUUGCCUGCCCUUCCCGGGCUUCGCAGAGCGCUGUAGAGCCGCUGGCUGGGCGUGCAUUGCUUGGCUCUUGCUCCUUGCAGCCCUGCGAGGGGCUUAUGACUUUCAAAGAGGUGGCCGUGUGUUUCACCGAGGAGGAAUGGGUUCUGCUGGAUCCAGGCCAAAGGGCUCUCUACUGGGAAGUCAUGACAGAGAACUAUGGGAUGGUAGUCUCCCUGGUCCAGGAGCUGCAGCCAGGAAUGAAUGUGGAAGCAUGGGAGUUGGCAGCAGCCUAUGAACCCGGGGAGAGAAUGGAAAGAGGAGAAAAUGAGAUUCCUGCCGUCCAACUUGGGACUGAGAGGCAGUUUCUGAGUGGGGCAAGUCUUCCACAGGCCAAGCAAACUCCUGCUUCUGGGUCCCAGCUGGAAUGGGAAGACCAGUUCCUGAACUUUCUGAAGACAGCAGCAUCCCCUCCCUCUGGGCUUCCCUGCCCCCAGUCCUCGUUGGUGUCUGAUAUAAGGGAGUCCCAGGCUUCUUUGAAGGGGGUCAUGAACCACAGCCAUGGACAUAGUGGAGAAGGCGUUGAUCACACCCUGCCAGGCCUUUGCUGUGAAACUCCAGGAAGCCCGAAGUAUUUUGUGAAAGUGAAAGAAGAGGUUUUGUCUGAGGAGGAGAGUGUUGGUGUGGAUAUGCAAGGGGAGGCCGGAAGAAAAAGUGAGAUGAUCUCUAACCUCCUGUUUUGUCUGAACAGAGAUGAGGAAAAUCUUGGUCCUCCGGGUAUUGCUGAAGUAUUGAAGGCCUACUGGAGAUAUAAUGCCUCCUUGUCAGAGCAGGAUCUGACGGACUCGGUGAGAUGCGAGAGGAUGAUCUCGUGGGGGAAAGGAGGCCAAGAGAACGGGAUCAGCCUCCAUCAGAACGUGACAAUGCCACCGGAAGCAGAGAAAGUGUAUAAGUGCUCCUAUUGUGGGAAGUCUUUCGGCGAUAGCUUGGACUUGGUUGCCCACGAGAGGGCCCACAUUGGCGAGAAGAUCUACAAGUGUCCACAUUGCGAGAAACGGUUCUCUCAUCGGAUCGACCUCCUGACGCACAAGAAGAACCACCAGGGAGAGAAGCCCCACCGGUGCGAUUCGGACUGUGUGAAGUGCUUCCAGCAGCGAGCUUUCCUGAUGGCGCACCAGAGAGCCCACUCCGGGGAGAAAGCCUGCCGGUGCUCCGUGUGCGGGGAGAGCUUCAGCUGGAAGUCCAACCUCAUCAGGCACCGGAGGACCCACACGGGAGAGAAGCCCUAUCACUGCACCGAGUGCGGGAAAAGCUACACGCGUAAAACCGCCCUGAAUAGACACAAGAAGAUUCAUGGUGGGGAGAGACCCUGUGACAGCAGUGCUCCGAGCAUAGGGCCAGCUUCAGUGUGGGUUCUCCUGGUGUAAGAGUUUGCAGAAGAGGUGACCCAACUUUGUUUUACCCUCAGCCAGCCUCUACCUCACCUGCCCUCAACUUGCCACCAAUCUGGGGAGUGGCCCAGCCGGUUGGCUUCCUCCAUAGUCUUAGGAUGUCCCUUGUAGAGCUCAGCAGGAGGGAAGGGUGGGGGACUAGCAUCAGUUGGAU